AUGCACCGCAAAUCUCUUGAAGCGGCGCAACACCUAAAGGAGUCAGGGUCGGAGCGCGAAGGCUCGGAGGCCGAAGGAGAGCGGGCGCCUUCAGCCUCCCCCCACUCCCCUCACUCGCAUCGCCACGACCCGCACGACGCUCAGGCACAAAGCUCUCCGGGCAGUAGCACAACAGCAUCAUCUGGGGCGAAGGGUCGGACUUCGCCCGACGGUCGCGACGUUUACGAAGACCCGGAAGCCUUCCGCAACAACAGCAUCGCCUGUCUUCGAGCAAAGGCGCAGGAGCAUCAUGCGCGUCUGCUCUCUAGCAACCUCCUUCUUCAGCUGUAUGAGCGGCGGGACUGUCCACAGGUGCGCGGGCUGCGGGCCAGCGCAGAGGAGGACGGGGACCGGCAGGACAUCGACGUGGGCACCGAGCAGCCUCUCUACUGA